AUGGCGGCGGAGGGGCCUGAGGGGCCGGCCAGCCCCACUCGCGGCGGGGCCGAGGGCUCCGAGGGCGGCCUGGGGGCCGAAGCGGAGGCAGCUGUAGGCCCUGACCAAGACGUGAUUCCCAAGCCAGCGAGCAAUGGUGCCCCAAAGCCAGACGAGACAGCACUAGUGCAAGGCUGCAAUGGAGUUACCGCGGAGGCCAGCGCUCCAGUGCUGAAACCGGAGGUUGCCAAGGAAGAAGCCCCUCAGCCUCCUGCCCCUGAUGUGGUGAUGCAUGUGGCGCUUAACCCUCCCAUGGAGGAGGUCUCCAUUACAUACCCUCUGGAGUUUGAGCGGUACUGGCGAGCCGCUCAAGAGAACCCACUCGACUUCACUGCAUGGACUGAACUGCUUCAGUAUGUGGAGCAAGAGAAUCACAUCUAUGCAGCCCGCAAAGCUUUUGACAGCUUCUUCCUACGUUAUCCUUACUGCUACGGCUACUGGAAGAAGUAUGCAGACAUGGAGCGUCGCUUUGACUUCAUCAAGGAAACAGAGGAGGUUUUCCAGCGGGGGUUGCAGUCUAUCCCACUCAGCAUGGACUUGUGGAUUCAUUACAUCACCUUCCUUGAGUCUACCUUGGAUAUGAACCUCCAAGACUCAGUGCAGAAGAUCCGCGGCACAUUUGAAUCCUCUAUAGCUGCUGCAGGAGUGGAUUUCCGUUCAGACAAACUCUGGGAGAUGUACGUGGAAUGGGAGAGAGAGCAGGGUAACCUGAAAGCCAUCACAGCGAUUUAUGACCGGGUGCUUACCAUGCCAACUCAGAUGUACAGCCACCACUGGGAAAGGUUCAAGGAACAUGUCACCAGCCACUACCCCAAGGACAUCCUGUCCACCGAGGAGCUGCUGUGGCUGCAGUCGAAAAUGGCCUCUGAGACAGUGGCCAAGACCACGGAAGCAGAGGCAGAGGAGGCUCCGCCUGGGGAGGACCUACCCCCGAAGGCAGAAACCACGCAGGAGACUGGAACUGGAGAUGGGAGCCAGAUGUUGGGCCAUAUGGACCAGGACAAGAUCCGGGAACUCGUGAUUUCGAUCCGCCAGCAGAUCCACUCCCAGAACGAAGCAGAAGUCAGCAAGCGUUGGAAUUUUGAGGAAGGGAUUAAGAGACCCUACUUCCAUGUAAAACCACUGGAGCGAGCACAGCUGCGGAACUGGCGGGACUACUUGGACUUCGAGAUCGCCAGUGGCUCGCACGAACGCACCAUUGUGCUCUUUGAGCGCUGCGUCAUUGCCUGUGCCCUCUACGAGGAGUUCUGGAUCAAGUAUACAAGGUACCUCGAGAACCACAGCAUUGCCGGAGCCAGGAGUGUCUUCCAGCGAGCUUGCGGUUACCACCUUCCUCGGAAGCCCAAUAUCCACCUCCUGUGGGCAGCGUUUGAAGAGAGACAAGGAGAAGUGGAGGAAGCCCGCCGCAUCUUGAAGACGUUUGAGGAUUGCGUGCCUGGCCUUGCCAUGGUGCGCUUGCGGCGGGUGAGCUUGGAGCGCCGGCAGGGGAACAUGGAGGGGGCAGAAGCACUCCUGACGGAAGCCAUCCGGGACAACGAGGGGAUGCCCGUGUCGUCGUUUUACUCCGUCAAACUGGCUCGGCAGGUGUUGAAAGUGCAGAAGAACCUGAUCAAAGCUCGGAAGAUCCUCUUGGAGGCAUUGGAGAAAGAUCCAGAUAAUGCCAAGCUCUAUGCCAAUCUCCUGGAGAUGGAGUUCAGUGCUGACGUCCGGCAGAAUGAGGGCAAUACCAUGAGCAGCUUUGACCGAGCCCUGACCAGUGGCCUCCCAUUGGAGACGAAGAUAAUUUUCUCCCAGCGCAGGGUGGAGUUUCUUGAGGACUUUGGAUCCAGCAUAAAUAGCUUGCUGACAUCGUAUGAUGAGCACCAGAAGCUGCUGAACCAACAAAUGAUGAGGAAGAGACUCCUGGAAAAUGGCAGUUCUGAUGAGGCAGAUGAGAAACGAAUGAGGCUCGAAGAGACUGCUGCAGGAGGCAAUCUUGCAGUCACUCCAACAACGGGCAUCACACCCUUGAUGGCAACAGAUGUGACUAACAGUGGAACUGGAGCUUACAACUACAACACUUGGUACCAGAAUUACAGUGGCUACGGGUACCAGAACACAUGGAACUACAAUCAGUAUUACCAGCAGAGCUGAAAGGGACUGGAGUGAGG